CGUAGAGACGUGUAAUCGGUCGCCAGAUUAUGGUUCGACAGGAGCGGAGUGAGGUGGCAGGGACUGGCAGCAGUUGACUCCGGUAUAAUAAGAGCUGGCUGUUUAGCUGUGUCAUUUUUUGGCCUGGACACGAUCCUUCAAGAAGGUGUGAUUGUCACUGACAAGGUCCUGCUCUAUCCAGCGCUGCCAUGUCGGCGAAGGCCAUCUCAGAGCAGACAGGGAAAGAGCUGUUGUAUAAGAACAUCUGCACCUCGGCGGCCGUGCAGAACCGUUUCCAUUAUGCUAGUGUAACAGCUGAGACUGACUGGGCCCGCCUCACACAGGACCAUUCAUGGCUGCUGACAGAGAGGCUGGUGGUGAAGCCAGAUCAACUGAUAAAGCGGCGCGGGAAGCUCGGCCUAGUGGGCAUCAACAAGGACCUGCAGGGUGUCCGGGAGUGGCUCAAAGACCACCUAAUGAAGGAGACAACUGUGGGAAAGGCAAAGGGUGUGCUGAAGAACUUCCUCAUUGAGCCAUUUGUCCCACACACACAGGAGGAAGAGUUUUAUGUAUGCAUCUAUGCCACACGUGAGGGCGACCACGUGCUUUUCCACCACGAGGGAGGAGUGGAGGUGGGUGACGUGGAUGCCAAGGCCCAGAAGCUGAUGGUUCCAGUGGAUGGCAAGCUCACUGAGGACCUAGUCAAAGAGCAACUGCUUACACAAGUUCCCGACGACAAGAAGGAUGUUUUGGCCAGUUUUAUAGUCGGCCUCUUCAACUUGUAUGAAGACCUCUACUUUACCUACCUUGAAAUCAACCCUCUUGUCGUCAAUCAAGACGGAGUAUAUGUCCUUGACAUGGCAGCCAAGAUUGAUGGCACAGCGGAUUAUAUCUGCAAGGCUAAAUGGGGGGACCUUGAGUUUCCUCCACCCUUUGGCAGAGAGGCGUACCCUGAGGAGGCCUACAUAGCUGAUCUGGAUGCAAAGAGUGGUGCAAGUCUGAAGCUGACCCUGCUGAAUCCCCGAGGCAGGAUCUGGACCAUGGUGGCUGGAGGAGGUGCUUCUGUUGUCUACAGCGACACCAUCUGCGAUCUGGGUGGGGUGGACGAGCUGGCUAAUUAUGGCGAGUACUCAGGCGCACCCAGUGAACAGCAGACCUACGACUACGCAAAAACCAUCUUGUCUCUCAUGACACGUGAAAAACAUCCUCUAGGGAAAGUGCUGAUCAUUGGAGGAAGCAUUGCAAACUUCACCAACGUAGCAGCCACAUUCAAGGGCAUUGUCAGGGCCAUUAAAGAUUACCAAGGCCCUCUGAAGGAACACGAGGUCACCAUUUUUGUUCGACGUGGCGGUCCGAACUACCAAGAGGGACUCAGGGUGAUGGGGGAAGUAGGGAAGACCACAGGGAUCCCCAUUCAUGUGUUUGGAACUGAAACCCAUAUGACUGCCAUUGUUGGGAUGGCACUGGGCCACCGACCAAUCCCUAACCAGCCCCCGAUGGACGCCCAUACAGCCAACUUUCUCCUCAAUGCUAGCAACAGUGCAGCGACUCCAGCUACAACAAGGACUGCUUCAUUCUCCGAGCCAAAGUCGCCCACUGAUACCUGCCCGGCCAAGAAGUGUAAAGCAGGGCUUCCAACAGCUAAAGCAACCACUCUCUUCAGAAAAAACACCAAGACCAUUGUUUGGGGCAUGCAGACACGAGCCGUGCAAGGCAUGCUGGACUUUGACUACGUAUGCUCCCGGGAAGAACCCUCUGUGGCAGCCAUGGUCUACCCCUUCACCGGAGAUCACAAGCAGAAGUUUUACUGGGGCCACAAAGAGAUCCUGCUGCCGGUCUAUAAGAACAUGGCCGAUGCCAUGAAGAAGCACCCCGAGGUAGACGUCCUGAUCAGCUUUGCUUCACUGCGCUCUGCCUUUGACAGCACAGUGGAAGCCAUGCAGUACCCACAGAUUCACACCAUCGCCAUCAUAGCCGAGGGCAUCCCCGAAGCUCUGACUAGGAAGGUGAUAAAGAUGGCCGACGAGAAAGGAGUCACCAUAAUUGGCCCUGCCACGGUUGGUGGCAUCAAGCCAGGCUGUUUUAAGAUUGGCAACACAGGCGGUAUGCUGGACAACAUCCUGGCUUCUAAACUUUACCGUCCCGGAAGUGUGGCGUAUGUGUCGCGCUCUGGGGGCAUGUCCAACGAGCUGAACAACAUCAUCUCACGCACUACAGAUGGCGUCUAUGAAGGGGUGGCCAUCGGAGGAGACAGAUAUCCAGGCUCGACCUUCAUGGACCACGUCCUACGUUAUCAGGACACUCCAGGAAUUAAGAUGAUUGUUGUAUUGGGAGAGAUUGGUGGAACAGAGGAGUACAAGAUCUGCCAGGGCAUCAAGGAAGGCAGGAUAACAAAACCUGUGGUCUGCUGGUGCAUUGGAACCUGCGCCACCAUGUUUGCCUCAGAGGUUCAGUUUGGCCAUGCAGGAGCUUGUGCCAACCAGGCUUCAGAGACAGCGGUGGCCAAGAACCAGGCUCUGAGGGAUGCUGGAGCUUAUGUACCAAAGAGCUUUGAUGAGCUGGGUGACGUCAUCAAGACUGUGUAUGAUGAAUUAGUGGCCAAUGGUACCAUCGUUCCUGCCCAGGAGGUUCCUCCCCCAACAGUACCUAUGGAUUAUUCCUGGGCCCGGGAGUUGGGCCUGAUUCGUAAACCAGCCUCAUUCAUGACAAGCAUCUGUGACGAGCGAGGCCAGGAGCUCAUCUAUGCUGGCAUGUCCAUCACUGAGGUCUUCAGAGAAGAGAUUGGUAUAGGAGGAGUGCUAGGAUUGCUCUGGUUCCAGCGCAGGUUACCACGCUACGCCUGCCAGUUCAUUGAAAUGUGCCUGAUGGUGACUGCUGAUCAUGGGCCUGCAGUCUCCGGCGCUCACAACACGAUUGUCUGUGCUCGUGCGGGCAAAGACCUUAUCUCAAGCCUCACAUCCGGCCUGCUCACCAUCGGGGACCGUUUCGGAGGUGCUCUGGAUGCGGCUGCAAAGCAGUUCAGCAAGGCAUUUGACAGCGGCAUGAUCCCCAUGGAGUUUGUCAACAAGAUGAAGAAGGAUGGCAAGCUGAUUAUGGGUAUCGGCCACAGGGUCAAAUCUAUCAACAACCCAGACAUGCGAGUGCAGAUUCUGAAGGACUUUGUGAAGCAGAAUUUUCCUUCCACCCAGCUGCUUGACUACGCCCUCGAUGUAGAAAAGAUCACCACCUCUAAGGUAUUUUACACAGAAGACGAGGCUGACGAGUUUGUGGAGAUCGGUGCACUAAAUGGGAUCUUUGUCCUCGGCCGUAGCAUGGGCUUCAUUGGCCAUUACCUGGAUCAGAAGAGGCUGAAACAGGGUCUGUACCGCCACCCAUGGGAUGACAUCUCCUACGUGCUCCCUGAACACAUGUCCAUGUAAUUCCCUUGUCACAGAAUGGAAAUCACUUCCAGACGAUGAUGUCAGGCGGUAUUACACAUCUCAUGUAACUUGUAUCUCCUCUCUAGUUAUGAUAGCAGCUGCCAAGGGGGGUGGAACUGGGCAGGGUUACUUUGGAAAGUGGGAAGUACUGUUUAUCUGAGGAACCUGGGUAGAAGUUUUCAAUCUAGUUUUUAUGGAGGAAAAAGGGGAAGUAUAUUUCUAGGCUCAGUUUUUGAGAACUAAUUUAAAAGGUCUGAGAUGUAACUUGUUUAGUUUUUAACAAAGAGCCACACCAAUGCAAAUCUUAGCUGCAGGAGCACAAAAUCACUUGGUACACAGAGUCAAAAUUGAGAGAUGGUUAUGCUUAGUUGGGUAUAGGAGCAAGAUCCAAGCAAAAUUUCAGUCCUUAAUCCUGCAAUGCAUAGUCUGCAUAGUAACCUCUGUUAAUGGCUGCAAAGCAUUUUUUAAAAUACUUAAUCUGCCUGGUUUAGACCACAAGAAAAGGUGCUUAAAUGUGCUUUCUGGCUUUCCGAGUGCUGCAAAUUAGUUUAAACACUAGAUCCCUUUUUAAACUCCUUCACCAUGAUUCACUCCUAACAAAAAAUAGUCAAUCUCAUCCCAAAUUAAACCAAAGUUAUUUUAGGGUGUUUUGUUUAUUUAAUUUAAAAAAAAAAAAAGAAAGGAAAAAAAAAAAGCAAGAUGCAGUGGUAGAUGGUACAAAUGUCAUGAAAAAGAUACAUCAUUAUGGAAAUGAGAGGAAUUAGACACAAGUCAGGAGUCUCUCCACCAUUUGCCUUUCAUGAAACCAGCCCGGGUUAUAGUUAAGUUAAUCAGUUUGUUAGUAUUCUAAUAACUGUAGAAAAAAGGAAGCUGUAGACGCAUCAAGAGGAGGCGAACAAAUGCUUCAUGAAUGAGCCCUGUGAGUCUGGAAAGCCUCUUUUGGUGAGGGACCAUGAAAGCAGUUUGCUUUACUUUGGAAACUUACAGCACAUAAUCCGGAUGUUCUCCAACUUCCAGUAAAAACUCACAACACUCUGUAACAGCCCACUGUAAUGUCUGCUGUGCUUAAUCUGUUUUUAUUUAAAUGUGAAAAAAGCUUUUUUUGUUUUGUAAUAUGCUGUCAUAAAGUAGUAAAAUAAAGAACUUAUUGUUUUUCUUUUA